AGCAGAGGAGAGGGGAGGAGGCGGGCGCACAAGUGCGGAUGUCACCGGACAGGACUGCGCUGGGAAAGCAGAAACUGAGGGGCUCAAUCUUCCCUCUCCCGUGGGACUCGGUGGUGCACGGUGUUUGUUUCAACAAGAUCGGAUCCGCCCGGGAGUGGGUGGCGGUUCGGCUCUACGGAGCUCGGCCCCGGCGUCGCCGCUGCUAAAUUCGACACAGAGCCAACAUGGAGCUGGAGAACAUCGUGGCCAACACGGUGCUACUGAAAGCACGAGAAGGUGGCGGUGGAAACCGGAAAGGAAAGAGCAAGAAGUGGAAACAGAUGCUGCAGUUCCCUCACAUUAGUUUGUGCGAAGAGCUGCGACAAUCCACCGAGAAAGACUACAGUAGCCUUUGCGAACGGCAGCCCAUAGGUCGUUUGCUCUUCCGGCAGUUUUGCGACACCCGACCCGAGUUGAAGCGCUGCGUGAAGUUUCUGGAUGCCGUGGCCGAGUACGAGGUGGCGCCAGAUGAGAAGAGGAAGGAAUGCGGUCAAGAACUCAUCGACGUCUUCUUCAGUCCAAAGUCGGAGGACCACGUUCCCGAGGUGGACGAGAGCACGGUGGCAAGGUGUGCCGAGCGGCUGCAGCAGGAGGCCUGCAAGGAGCUUUUCAAGGACUCCACCAAACUGAUCCACGACUUCCUGAGCGUGGCGCCCUUCGCCGACUACCUCGACAGCAUGUACUACAACAGGUUUCUCCAGUGGAAGUGGCUGGAGAGGCAACCAGUGACAAAGAAUACGUUCAGGCAGUACAGAGUUUUAGGGAAAGGCGGAUUUGGAGAGGUAUGUGCAUGUCAGGUGCGGGCCACGGGCAAAAUGUACGCCUGCAAGAAACUGGAGAAGAAGAGGAUCAAGAAGCGCAAAGGCGAGUCCAUGGCGCUUAACGAGAAGCAGAUCCUGGAGAAAGUCAACAGCAGAUUUGUGGUGAGCUUAGCGUACGCCUAUGAAACCAAGGACACCUUAUGUCUCGUUCUGACGCUCAUGAACGGCGGCGACCUCAAGUUCCACAUCUACCACAUGGGCGAGGCGGGCUUUGACGAGAGGAGAGCCGUCCUCUACUCGGCAGAGAUCUGCUGUGGCCUCGAGGACCUGCACAGGGAGCACAUUGUCUACAGGGACCUGAAACCUGAAAACAUCCUGCUGGACGAUCAUGGACACAUCAGGAUAUCGGAUCUGGGUCUGGCCGUGCACGUGCCAGAAGGUCAGACCAUACGGGGCCGGGUAGGAACGGUAGGAUACAUGGCUCCUGAAGUGGUGACCAACGAGUGCUACACCUUCAGCCCCGACUGGUGGGCGCUGGGCUGCCUGCUGUACGAGAUGAUCGAGGGCCAGUCGCCCUUCCAGCAGAGGAAGAAGAAGAUCAAGCGGGAAGAGGUGGAGCGCUUGGUGAAGGAGGUGCAAGAAGAAUACUCGGGAAAGUUUUCCCAAGAGGCCGAGUCGCUCUGUAAAGCGCUGCUGGCCAAAGACCCCAGGGGGAGACUGGGCUGCCAGGGAGGCGGGGCUUCAGAAGUCAAAGCACACCCUAUCUUCCACUCCAUCAAUUUCAAAAGGCUAGAGGCCGGAAUGUUGCCAGCGCCUUUCAUUCCUGAUCCACAAGCCAUCUACUGUAAAGACGUGCUGGACAUUGAGCAGUUCUCCACCGUCAAAGGCGUGGAACUGGAACCCAAAGACGAGUCCUUCUACAGUAAAGUGUCUACGGGUAGCGUCUCCAUUCCCUGGCAGGAUGAGAUGAUCGAAACAGAAUGUUUCGCAGAGCUUAACGUGUUUUACCCGGACGGUGCGGUUCCCCCGGACCUGGACUGGCGAGGACAACCGUCUCCGCCCCCCAAGCAAGGACUCUUGCAGCGGCUAUUUGGUAGACAGGAAUGUUGUGGCAACUGCAGCGACAGUGACGACGAGCCAACCAGGCUGUGACACAUUCACGCGCACACGCAUACCAUAUUUGUUUACAACCUUUUGCACAUUUCUAUUUGAAAGAUAGUCGAUCUUGAAAUGUCCGAAUGUAUUUUCAUCAUAGCCAUAAUAAUGAUGUUUUAUUAUUUAAAAAAGGAUAAUUAAGCCGAGGCUUUUUUCCUUCCCCGGAAAAAGACUAACGGAUCAAUCACGUGCUGGGGGGAAGAAGACAGAAAAGUGCCUUGCUGGAGGGCACUAGUGACAAUAAUACUUAGUAGAGAGGGCAAAGCCUUCUUCCAAUUUUCCAGGGAAUAAAACAAGUGACUGAA